UUACGCGCAGCGGCACCGCGAGGGAGAGGCAGGCGCCAUUUUGCAGCCGUGUUUGCAGCCGUCGCGCGCUCGCUCCUCUCGUCCGCUCCGUGCCCGGCGCUCGCCCGCUCGCUCCCCCUCUCUCUCUCUCUGCGCUCCGGCCCGCGCCCGCCGCAGCCAUUGCUGACCUUGCUAUGUCCGGAGGCGGCGUGAUCCGCGGCCCCGCCGGCAACAACGACUGCCGCAUUUAUGUGGGCAACCUGCCGCCCGACAUCCGCACCAAGGACAUCGAGGACGUCUUCUACAAGUACGGCGCCAUCCGCGACAUCGACCUCAAGAACCGCCGCGGCGGCCCGCCCUUCGCCUUCGUCGAGUUCGAGGACCACAGGGAUGCGGAGGACGCAGUGUAUGGACGGGACGGGUAUGAUUAUGAUGGGUAUCGCCUGCGUGUGGAGUUCCCGCGGAGCGGCCGAGGCACUGGCAGAGGUGGUGGCGGUGGCGGAGGAGGUGGAGCCCCCCGGGGCAGGUACGGGCCCCCGUCCCGGCGCUCCGAAUACAGAGUCAUCGUCUCGGGACUGCCUCCAAGUGGGAGUUGGCAGGAUUUGAAGGAUCACAUGCGUGAAGCAGGUGAUGUAUGUUAUGCUGAUGUUUUCCGAGAUGGCACUGGUGUCGUGGAGUUUGUGCGGAAAGAAGAUAUGACCUACGCGGUGCGAAAACUGGAUAACACUAAGUUUAGAUCUCAUGAGGGAGAAACUGCCUACAUCCGUGUUAAAGUUGAUGGUCCAAGAAGCCCAAGCUAUGGAAGAUCUCGGUCACGCAGCCGUAGUCGUAGCAGGAGCCGUAGUCGAAGCAACAGCAGAAGCCGCAGUUAUUCCCCAAGAAGAAGCAGAGGAUCUCCACGCUACUCUCCCCGUCACAGCAGAUCUCGUUCUCGUACAUAAAUGACCAUUAGCUAUGAUCUUUUUGUAGAACCCAUGUUGUACACAAUUUUCUUUACUCAGUACAGUCUUUUCAUUUUUUUUAAUUCAAACUGUUUUAUUCAAAUUGGCUAAAGUGUUGAAUUGCAUUCUUGUGUAAAAUCCCUAGUGAGUAUUUGCUCCUUAACAUCAACAUUCCCCCUCAUGUCUUUGGUAAAUUGUAUUUUAAUUGAUGUCAUAGUCAGGAUUGUUUAAAUUUAGUUCUAGUAAAUACCCACACUCUUCAGACUGUGGUAUUGCUGUGUAAAUGUCUCAGUGUUCAGCUAUGGUUCAUACGAGCUGGGGAUGUUGGGAUGUUUGUGGUUAACUUGUCUCUUCUGGGGGAUCUUAUAUUUUACCUUGCCUUUUCGUGUGUCUUUCUGUAGACAUAUCUGAAGAGAUGGAUUAAGAAUGCUUUGGAUUAAAGGAUUGUGGAGCACAUGUCAAUCAUUUUAGGAUUGUCAAAAGGAGGAUUGAGGAGGAUCAGAUCAAUAAUGGAGGCAAUGGUAUGACUCCAAGUGCUAUUGUCACAGAUGAAAUUGGCAGUAUUGACCUUAUACUGAAUGACAAUGGUUAAUUGAGUACUUACAUCUACUUGUAACUUUUUCAGGCAUGUUUUAGUUAUUGUAGACUACAAUUGCUCUGUUCCUUAAAACCCUGUUAGCAAUUGUGGCAAAACUACUUGCUUUUGUAACUUGGUUCCAUUUUACUUUUUUUAAAAGAACUUACGGGGGUGGGCAUAGCAGUUCACUUUGUCAUGCAGCAUUUGGUUACAAGUGUUAAUGUUGCGUAGUGUUUGUACACUCUUGUAGAUUCAGGGUAUCUUCAAAUCAGUUAGAGUAUAAUAUCAAUACUGCUAAAAUCUGCAUGUCCUCUGUGUGACUGAUAUAGCGUUGCUACUUCAUUUUUUUUUUUUUUAAGUAUCAGAAUGAAAGCAAAAAUGAAACUAGUUGGGAAGAAUUCCUUAAAUCUCAACCCUUCCCCUUCAGACUAAUGCACAAUUGACUCACUGAUAUGUGUGAAAGCAGUUAAUUUUGUUACCCUCCAGAUGGGAGUAUUAGCUUUAGUUUAGACAUACAGUAGGUGGAUAGCUUUAGCAGUCAACUUUUCCAAUUUCAUAAACAUUUUUUUUACAACCACAAAACCUGUAAUUCACCAUGCAAGCAAUGACUAUGUUGGCGCUACCAGUUAACAUAUGUAAAUAUUACAGUAUUUCCUCCAAAUAAUUAACGUUUCUAAAAUUUUAUCUGAACAUCACCAUUCAAAAGUUUGUUUUGGGGAAUUGAUAGUUAUUAAUGUACAUCUUAAUUAAUUGAUGGCAAACAUAACUCAUCAUUCCCCAGAAUCCUAUUUUUUCAUUACAGUAUCUAACUUUUUGCCUCCUCUUUUUUGGUUUUGCUGGUUAUAAAGGUUUGGAUUGGAGAGGGCUCACUGGAUCCCAAUCCUUGGAGCUGGAUCAUUGGAUUCAAAUCAUAAUGUGGAUAGGAUAGGGAGGCUGAAUUACAAGGAUUCAUGGAGCGGGAUCAAAUUACCAGGAACAUAGGAGUGGAUUCCUGCCCCAACCAAACCGCAUUCGUGUGGAUUUUUUUUAUUCAACUCAAUUGGCUAUUCCAAAGAUAUUUUUCCUAUUUUUGACGAUUGGAGCCCUUAAGAUGCACGAAGGAUUUUUUUUCAUUUUUUGGUAAAAGGAGCAAAGCGAGGACCUGGAGAGGUACGCUGGAGCAAUCUCCUUGGAAGGAUUCAGCACGAGUAGAUGGUAAACAUUAAAGGGGAAAAGGGGGGUUUGUUUAAAAAAAAAAAAA